AUGCACAUAGAAACAUGGAACAUGUAUUUCCCCGAGGAAGAGUUCACUGCUUUCAACGAGCUUGUCCAGAUAAUACUUGCAGUAAAGAAGAAAUUGAAAGACGUUUUAUCAGAGGAUAAACUGGAGAGGAUUCUAGAAGCAAGAGUCUACUAUAUAUCGGAGCAGUAUCUCGAGAGUCUUGUUGAAAAGAAUCUUCUUGAUACAAACGCAGGAAACUUACUUCUGUGUGUUUCCUGUGCUGUUUCCGAGCUACUCUAUGACAAAGGGUAUUUGUCGGUAAAGAUCUGUACUAGGGUCGAGACAGUGAACAAGGAAGGAAAUUUUGGAGAUGUUGACAGAGCCAAUCUUGGGAAGCUGGUCUUUAUGGCAGGAACAGUAUGCCGAGUGGGGUUCAGAAGAGUAAUUAUCAGUAAGAUGUUUUUUGAGUGUUCCAAGUGUGGAGACGUAAUAUACGUGAAUGUAAAGAACAACGUUUACAGACCUCCGGCAGGAUGCAAAGGUUCGUGUAACUCAAGGAGUUUUGUUCUUAUGCGAAAUCAUCCAGAGAUGGAAUGCAGAGACAUGCAGGAAAUCAAAAUACAGGAGCUCUAUGGGGGAAUAGGAGAAGAUGGAAAGGGAAUCCCAAAGGCUGUGGACUGCAUUCUUUACGAUGAAUUUGUGGGGAUUCUAGUGCCAGGAGACAUUGUGCAGAUUGUAGGAGUGCUUGGAGUUGAAUUAGAAAACGACGGCCUCUACAGAUUGAUGGUCCAUAUAAACAAUCUUCAAAUUGUCAAGAACAAGAAUUUUUUUAUAGAGAGCCUGGAAUAUCAAAGUAGAGACUUUGCGGAAUUUAGAAGAAUAGCAAAGGGAAAAAACACGCUGGCCUCUCUUGUGCGCUCGCUUUAUUCGUCCGUGUAUGGAAAUGAACUGAUAAAGAUCGGACUAGUGCUUUCUUUAUUUGGGGGAACCAGGAAGAUGGCAGGACAGCAUCUGAUUAGGUCUGAAACACAUGUCCUUAUAAUCGGAGAUCCCGGGCUUGGAAAAAGCAGGCUGCUGUUGGGGACAUGUAGUAUUCUUCCGAAGAGCAGUUACGUGAGUGGGAGCUUCACCACAACAGCUGGAUUAACGGUUUCCUUGACACACGAUCCUGUUUCUGGGGAAUAUAUGGCGGAUGCAGGAGCACUGGUGGUGGCCGACAAUGGAAUAUGCUGUUUGGAUGAGUUUGACAAGAUAGACGACCAUGCAGCUUUAUUUGAAGCCAUGGAAGAUCAGAAAGUAAGCAUAGCAAAGGGAGGAGUGAUCUGUAGUGUUCCAACAAGGUCUACUGUGAUAGCAGCAACUAAUCCAAGGCAUGGACACUUCGAUAGAACCAAAUCAAUGAUGGAAAACAUAAGAUUUGACCCAGGCCUUUUGUCAAGGUUUGAUCUUGUCUUUCUCCUUCUAGACGACCUGUCUGAAAAGGAGAGCUACAUGAUAUCUGGGCAAAUUCUGAAGAAAAGGCAGACAUUGUCUCCAGGAAUAGGAAGUGAAUUUGACGAUAUUAUGGAGACGAUUAGAAGAGAUGACUUUAUUGAGGAAGUCCGAAGUAGAGGAGAUGUUUAUCCAAUGGAGAUAAUGAGGAAGUAUAUUUCCUAUGCACGUGCAAAUGUGUUUCCUGUUCUGAGCAAAUCGGCAAAAGAAGCCAUAAGAGAAUAUUAUGUUGAGAUCCGGAAGCAGGGAGGGGUUUCUGCAAGGGAUCUGGAGUCGUUGAUUAGACUAACAGAAGCUCGAGCGAAAGCAGAAUUGAGGAGUAUAGCUACAAGAGCAGAUGCAGUUUUUUGUAUCGAACUACAUAGGAGGACGUUUGUUCCUAGAGAAAAGAUGUCUAAUAGUAGAAGAAAUGGGGAUUUUUCUCAGGUGCUUAAGGAAUAUGGAAGGAAGAAGGGAGAAUGGGUAGUUAGUGUUGAGGAGCUACGUAGACUAAUAAUAUCUUUUGAUUCCGGAAAGCCUGCCAAUGAUUUUAUAGAAGCACUCAACCACAACGGGCUUAUCAUAAAGAAAGGUGCAGGAAUGUACAAGAUAACUCGAUGA